UUAUGCAGCCCACGAAAGGAAACACAAGACUGCAGCAAGAGAAAUCCUAUAUUGAUGGCACAAUCAAGGGGAGAGGUGUUGGAGGAUUAAAUAGUUCUCAUCUUUUUUCUUUGUAGAAGAAUUAAUUAAGGAGAAACAAAAAUGGAAGGGAGUUUAAGUAGAAGCAUAAGUAGGAGUUUAAGCAGGUCAAGUUGGAGAAUGGAGGGAGUGUUUGCUAGUGGAAGAUAUUCAAGAAGGACUUCUAAUCUUGAUGAAGAUGAAGAAGCUCUCAAAUGGGCUGCCAUAGAGAAAUUGCCUACUUAUGAUAGACUAAGAACAAGUAUACUUCAAACAUAUGCAGAAGAAUAUGGUGAUCAAGAUCAUCCAAACAAAGUGCAACAUAGAGAAGUUGAUGUUAGGAAAUUAGAUGUCAAUGAAAGACAACAAUUUAUUGACAAAAUCUUUAAGGUUGCUGAAGAAGAUAAUCAAAAGUAUCUUAGCAAGUUCAGAAACAGAAUUGAUAAGGUUGGUAUUAAACUCCCAACAGUAGAGGUGAGGUUUGAAAAUCUAAGCAUUGAGGCUGAUUGUUAUGUUGGAAGCAGAGCUUUGCCAACCUUACCAAAUGUUACAUUGAAUAUGGUUGAAUCUGCUCUCCGCAUUUUUGGUAUUAGUACUGCCAAGAGAACAAAACUCACCAUACUUAAAAAUGUUUCUGGCAUUAUUAAACCUUCAAGGAUGACCCUUUUGCUAGGACCUCCUUCUUCAGGGAAAACGACCCUAUUACUAGCUUUGGCUGGAAAAUUGGACACUGACUUGAGGGUAGAAGGAGAAAUCUCUUACAAUGGUUACAAGCUUAAUGAAUUUGUCCCUAGAAAGACUUCAGCCUAUAUUAGCCAAAAUGAUGUACAUUUGGGUGAAAUGACUGUAAAAGAAACCAUGGAUUUCUCAGCUAGAUGCCAAGGAGUUGGAACACGAUAUGACCUAUUGUCGGAACUUGCUAGAAGGGAAAAGGAUGCAGGGAUAUUUCCAGAGGCAGAACUAGACCUUUUCAUGAAGGCUACUGCAAUGGAAGGAACAGAAAGCAGUCUCAUUACUGACUAUACUCUUAAAAUACUAGGGCUUGAUAUAUGCAAAGAUACCAUUGUGGGUGAUGAAAUGCAAAGAGGCAUAUCUGGUGGCCAAAAAAAGCGUGUCACAACAGGUGAGAUGAUUGUUGGUCCUACAAAAACAUUGUUCAUGGAUGAAAUAUCAACUGGUCUUGAUAGUUCCACAACAUAUCAGAUAGUGAAAUGUUUGCAACAAGUUGUUCACCUCACUGAAGCAACCAUAUUCAUGUCCUUACUUCAACCUGCUCCUGAGACAUUUGAUCUCUUUGAUGAUAUUAUCUUAAUAUCAGAGGGUCAGAUAGUAUAUCAAGGCUCACGUGACCAUGUCCUUCAAUUCUUUGAGUCAUGUGGGUUUAAAUGUCCUGAGAGAAAAGGAACUGCAGAUUUCUUGCAAGAGGUUACUUCAAGGAAAGAUCAAGAACAAUACUGGUCAAACAGAAACAUACAAUACCGUUAUAUAACAGUAACUGAGUUUGCAAACAGUUUCAAACAUUUCCAUGUUGGAACACAGCUUCAAAAUGAACUAUCUCUACCAUUUGACAAGUCAACAGGACAUAGAGCAUCUCUUGUUUUCAAGAGAUACACUGUCUCUAAAAUGGGACUUCUCAAAGCAUGUUGGGACAAAGAAUGCCUUUUAAUAAAGAGAAACUCUUUUAUUUACAUAUUCAAGUCAGUUCAAAUAUGCAUUAUUGCUGUGAUAUGUGGAACAGUUUUUAUAAGGACUAAAAUGCAUCAAAGAAAUGAGGGUGAUGCAUCUGUUUAUAUUGGUGCAAUUUUGUUUACUAUGAUUAUGAACAUGUUCAAUGGUUUCUCUGAGUUGCCACUCACAAUUGCAAGACUUCCUGUGUUCUACAAACAUAGAGAUCACCUUUUUCAUCCUCCAUGGACUUACACUCUCCCUAAUUUUCUUCUAAGGAUUCCUAUUUCCAUUUUUGAGGCUAUAGUUUGGGUUCUUAUUACAUAUUACACAAUUGGAUUUGCACCUGAAGCUAGUAGGUUCUUCAAGCACUUGUUGUUGGUGUUUCUUGUUCAACAAAUGGCAGCUGGGAUGUUCAGGGUAAUAUCUGGAGUUUGUAGGACAAUGAUCAUUGCCAACACUGGUGGAUCACUCAUGCUUCUUCUUGUUUUCCUACUUGGAGGUUUCAUCCUUCCUAAACGUGACGUUCCAAAUUGGUGGGUGUGGGGCUAUUGGGUUUCUCCAUUGUCUUAUGCUUUCAAUGCAUUUUCUGUGAAUGAAAUGUUUGCUCCUAGGUGGAGCAAACCGUCUUCAGAUGGUUUUAACUCAUUGGGUGUAGCCACAUUAAAUAUCUUUGAUGUUUAUUCAGAAGAAAAUUGGUACUGGAUAGGUGUAGCAGCUCUUCUUGGUUUCACUGUUUUCUAUAAUGUUCUAUUCACCCUUGCACUUAUGUACCUAAACCCUGUUGGAAAGAAACAAGCAAUUAUAUCAGAAGAAGAAGCAAGUGAAAUGGAAACUGGAGGAGAUUCCAAGGAGGAACCUAGACUUGCGAGGAAGGAGUCCAACAAAGGGAAUAACACAAAAGAAGUAGCAAUGCAGAGAAUGGGUAGUAGAGAUAAUCCAACACUUGAGUCAGCCACUGGAGUUGCUCCAAAGAGAGGAAUGGUUCUUCCUUUUCAACCACUUGCAAUGUCUUUUGAUAGUGUUAAUUACUAUGUCGAUAUGCCAGCUGAAAUGAAAGAGCAAGGAGUAACAGAUAAUAGGCUACAAUUGCUUAGAGAAGUAACUGGUGCAUUCAGGCCUGGAGUUCUAACGGCUUUAAUGGGAGUUAGUGGAGCUGGAAAGACAACUUUGAUGGAUGUUUUAGCUGGAAGGAAGACAGGUGGUUACAUUGAAGGAGAUGUUAGAAUCUCUGGCUUCCCUAAGAAUCAAGAAACAUUUGCAAGAAUUUCUGGAUACUGCGAACAAACCGAUAUCCAUUCACCACAAGUUACUGUCAGAGAAUCUGUGAUUUACUCGGCUUUCCUUAGGUUACCUAGAGAAGUCAGUAGUGAGGAAAAAAUGAAAUUUGUGGAUGAAGUAAUGGAUUUGGUGGAGCUGGAUAAUCUUAGCGAUGCCAUAGUUGGACUUCCAGGUGUUACAGGGUUGUCAACCGAACAACGAAAAAGGCUAACAAUAGCGGUUGAGCUUAUUGCUAAUCCUUCAAUCAUUUUCAUGGAUGAACCAACUUCAGGUCUUGAUGCAAGAGCUGCAGCAAUUGUUAUGAGGACAGUGAGAAACACUGUUGACACUGGAAGAACAGUUGUCUGCACAAUUCACCAGCCUAGUAUCGAUAUCUUUGAAGCCUUCGACGAGCUCCUUUUGAUGAAGAGAGGAGGGCAAGUGAUCUACUCAGGACCAUUAGGAAGGAAUUCACACAAGAUUAUAGAAUAUUUUGAGGCAAUUCCAGGAGUCCCUAAAAUUAAGGAGAAGUACAAUCCAGCAACAUGGAUGUUAGAGGUAAGCUCAAUAGCAGCUGAAGCUAGGCUUGGAAUGGACUUUGCUGAAUACUACAAAACAUCGACAUUGCAUCAGAGAAACAAAGCUCUUGUAAGUGAGUUAAGUACACCACCACCAGGAGCAAAAGAUGUAUAUUUCUCCACUCAGUUUUCUCAGUCAACUUUUGGACAAUUUAAAUCAUGUCUAUGGAAGCAAUGGUUGACUUAUUGGAGGAGUCCAGAUUACAACCUUGUCAGAUAUUUCUUCACCUUGACAGCAGCUCUCAUGGUAGGGACAGUGUUUUGGAAAGCCGGCGAGAAAAGGGGUAGCACAGCUGACUUGAACAUGAUCAUAGGAGCAUUAUAUGGUUCUAUAUUUUUUGUUGGUGUAAACAAUUGUCAAACAGUUCAACCGGUUGUAUCCGUUGAAAGAACUGUAUUCUAUCGAGAAAGAGCUGCUGGAAUGUAUUCUGCUUUACCUUACGCCCUUGCUCAGGUUAUUUGUGAAAUACCAUAUGUUUUUGGUCAAACUAUAUUUUUCUCAGUCAUAGUGUAUCCUAUGGUGAGCUUUGAAUGGAAAGUGGCGAAGGUGUGUUGGUUCUUCUUUGUGAGCUUCUUCUCUUUCUUGUACUUCACAUAUUAUGGGAUGAUGACGGUUUCCAUUACACCAAACCACCAAGUAGCAGCAAUCUUUGGAGCAGCAUUCUAUGGACUCUUCAAUCUCUUUUCUGGUUUUUUUAUCCCAAGACCAAAAAUUCCUAAAUGGUGGGUUUGGUAUUAUUGGAUUUGUCCAGUAGCAUGGACAGUGUAUGGAUUAAUUGUGUCACAGUAUAGAGAUGUGACAAUAGGCAUAAGUGUGCCUGGGGAGACUAAUAAAACUGCAAUCAACAAGUAUAUUGAAGAUUAUUAUGGAUUCGAUCCUGAUUUCAUGGGACCAGUUGCUGCGGUUUUGGUUUCUUUCGCUAUAUUUUUUGCCUUUAUAUUUGCCUUCUGCAUCAAGGCAUUGAACUUCCAAACCAGAUAAAAAGAAAGUCAGAUUCUUGAGAGUUUUACCAAUGAAAGUACCUUAUUUAUGUGUGUAUACAUAGCUAUUAGCUAAGGACAACACAUUUCGUAUCGAUUAUAGGCAAAUAUCAUAGCAAGCUUUGCUAAAGAUUAAGUUUUGAAGGUCAUUUGGUACAUGUAAGUUAUGUUGAUCAUGUAAUUUUGAUAUUGUUUGCUUCCCUACACAUAAGAAAUGUUUUACUUUAUUAUGUCAUCUUUUAAAACAAACCAUUGUCAACACUUAUUUUUGUAGUAAUUUGGGGAGAGAUUUAGAUAUUCAAUUUUAAA